AACAAUGGCUCUUAUUGGAAAGCUUGUGAGUGAAUUAGAAAUCCAUUCAAAUGCAAACAAAUUUUACAAUUUCUUCAAACAUCAAAUAUUCCAUAUUCCAAGCCUUUCUCCAAAGUUGAUCCAAAAAGUUAAAGUUCAUGAAGAGGAUUGGAACACCCAUGCUCACGUCUCCACCAAAAUUUGGAUUUACACUAUUGAUGGUAAAGCAGAAGUUUUCAAAGAGCGAGUGGAGUUCGAUGACAAGAAAUUAGUGAUGACCUUGGUUGGAUUGGAAGGAGGUGUGUUUAAGCAUUACAAAACUUUCAAGCUUACAUAUCAAAUUGUGCCAAAAGAACCUGAGCGUAGUUUGGUAAUAUUGAUCUUGGAAUAUGAGAAGCUUGAUGAUGGCUCUACUUAUCCUUAUAAAUACACUGAUCUAUUGAGUAACAUCAUCAAAGAUAUUGAAUCACACCUUAAAUAAUAACAUCGCAUGACUCGAUUUGAGCUUCGUGUUUCUUAACGAUUUGAUAUGAUUUACGAUUGUGUCAGAUUUAUAAUUAUUAGAGAUUUUGAGUGUUAUGU